CACCACACGCAAUCAUUGAGAGAGAGGUCUCCAUCAGCACACACGUGCAUUGGUUGCGAGUGAUCCGCCAGGCAGCCAAACACAGUCACACACCCCGAAGCAUCACAUCAAAAUCGGCCACUGCAGCAGCGAAGAGCACGCAGCCAGCCAUGAGGACGAGAAGAUCUCCAUUCACACAGACAGACAUACAGACAUAGAGGGGGAGGGAGAGACGCACGGACAAACAGCAGAGCCAUAGCCUAACUCACGCGACGCGUUCAUCAGAGGCAUAUGGUGACCCCUGCAGAUCCAGAGUGAGUGAGUGAGUGAGUGAGAGAGUGAGCGGUACGCCGACCACCAUUCGGCCUGCGCACACACAACGCAAUUAGAUGACCGAAGACAUUCAUCGGCUUGGCGCGUGGCAUUUCUGUGGCGUACCAGUGGUAGUUGGACCGCUCAAUCAGACAGCGCCACCUGUCGUGUGCACAGGGAGGGACACACUUGUGUGCUGUGUGCAUUCCCUCCCUCUUUGGUACCUGCACUGCCCUCAUCGCUGCCAUCGUCGGAACCUAGCACGACACAUCAACACACAACCACACACAACACAAGCCACGUCGUGCUGUCCAUCCGGCGCCUAUUUGUAUGUGUCCGUACCACCGUCAUCAUGAUUCUACUUGGCCGUCGAAGACGUAUGGCGCCGCUCGCUCCAGCGCCACACGGGCCAGCUGAGUGGUGACGGGGAAGCGGUCCUUGAAGGCACGCCCCUCACCACCGACAGGCGCCUCGAUCGUCCAGACCUGGACCCUCGCUGCAGACAGACAAUGACAGAAAGAAAACACUGAUGACACUUGACACCAGCAGAGCUGCCUGUCUGUCGGCCUGACCGGUGCCGUCGACCAUAUCCCUAAUCUUAAUCCACGCGACGAAGUUCUGGCUGCUGUCGGUGAGCACCAGAUCUCGCGUAGGGCCUUCCCAGGUGAGUGUGGUGGUGCAUCCGGCCACUGGUGUGUGGGGCGAGUCCGUCAGCAGGCCAUCCAGACGGCCGCCACCAACACGCCUGAACCAACCACACACACACACACACACACACAAUCACACACGCACCCCUCUCGCCACUGGUUCCAUUGGUGUGUUACCUAUUGAGAUCUAUCGAUGUGCUAUUGAUCUGCUGAGUCUCGCUGCUGAAGUGGUCGAGGAUCGUAUGCUUGGCGAAUGAUGAUGCUGACGCGUACUGGAACAGGUUGAUCGACACCCAUUGGUCGAUGUCGGGAAAGUAGGAGAUGCCGCUCCGCACUGGCGGGUCAUGCUCUAGUCGGUGCUGCUGAUACAGAUGGCGGGCGGGGAGGGGCGGGUUGACGUCCAGUCGGAAGCCGGGCUGGACCUCGAGGGCCCGCACCUCACCAUUGGCACGGCGGAAGAUCCGCAGGCAGCUGCCGUUGCCAUUGGCAUGGCGGAAGAUCCACAGGUGGCUGCCGUACACACCGAAGCGCACAUGGCGGCCGACCACCAUGAGCUGCGCCAACACACGGGAAACCGACAGAUACGCCUACACCACACACACACACAGACAGAAAGAGAGAGAGGGGAUGAUGCCUCUCUGUUCGCUCCCGCCCCUCUGUGUGUGCCUCACCGUCUUGUUGGCGUGUGUGUUGAUGUCAUCUGCCGUGAGGAUGACGGGCAGCUCACAGUUGCCGCACUGCACCCCCAGCUCAAUCACCUCGCCCAUCUCCACCCAGCUCCCCUCCUCCAUCAGCACACAGCCGCCAGCAGGUCACACACGCCGAACUGCUCAUCGUCGAACCGCAUCAGCUGCACUUGCCGCCCGUUGACCACCCGCCGCAGCCCCGCCUGUGAGCCCAGCGAGUGACGGAGCCGAUCUCUCAGCUGGGCCGCUCCAAAGAGCUUGCUGAGCCAUGUGCAGGUGGCUCUCAGCUGGAGUACGUCUGUGAGGCUGAGGAGGUAGAAGGCGCGGCGGCCGACGAAGAUGUACGAGAAGGGGUGCUGCUGCUGAUGUUGCUGUUGCUGCAUUUGCAGCAGAUG